AUGGAUAAAGCACUUAUUGAAAUGCAAAAUUAUUGUGGUCUAGGCUAUAAACCUAUUCGAGUGAGUUUGGCUAUACCGAAGCGGUAUAAUGCUGAUGGAAGUUUAGUUGUUACUACAUCAGCAUCUGAACCACUUUCAGUUGUUCCUAGUGGUAUGCCUGACCCGUUCACUGCUGCAGUUGCCGCUGCUGUGACUGGGAAUUCAGCCGCUCAAGCGGAAUACUACCAAGCCUAUCAACAAUACUACCAACAGUAUUACGCAUCUCAGUAUGCAGCCCAGUUUUACUCUAGUGAAUCUUCCACUACAGGUGACCUCACAAAUUCCGGGAUAACAUCUAUGGCAGGUGGUGGCACACUUAUAGGCGAUGCUACGGUACAACAACAUGCAUUUGUCGAUGCUGCUGCCUCACACCUGUAUGCUAGAGCGCUUCAGCAAAGCGCUGGCUCUCAAGAAUAUGCUCCAGAUCCUUAUGUCUUGUCUUCCGCUUGUGAUCGUCCUCGACAUGUAGAUGAUUUAGACGAAGUGUUCAACUUCUUAGAAUCAUCACGAUGGCAUAUAAGUGAUCCAUCAUUAGGAUUAUUUGUUAAAAUAAAACCAUAA